GCUGCCAUCCUUCCCUCCCCACCCUGUCCCAUGGUGGGAACCAGGGCAGGGACAAGCAGCAGGGAUCAGCCUAGCCAGGCUGAGAAGUGGACGAGAGAACUUAGUUCCUGGAAGGGGCUGACCAGGGCCGUGGGUCCUGCGCAGGGGCUUGUUUUCCUAGGUCAUCUGCUUGGACCUUGGCACAGUGAAAAGUGUCACCGGUGAGCAGGAGGUGGCCAUCCAGAACAUGUCGCCACCACUGCAGCCUCUGCUGCCCACAGCUGCACCCUCCCACCCCCAUGGCCUGCCCAGGCCCAACGCUGCCUGGUGCUUUUGACCUCCUAGCUGCCUCUGGGAGGGAAAAGCUGGUCAUCCUGCGACACAAGCUGCAGACAGUGUACAAGGGCCACCGCAGUGCCAGCCUCCUCCAUGCCAUGGUGCUGCUGCAGCUUGGCCGGGACACGGAGGCCCGGGUCUUGCUGGAUGCCUCCAAGACCGAUGCUAUGGCCAGGCUUGUGGCCCGCCAGUGGGCCGGUGUGGACAGUGCUGAGGCCACCGAGGAGCCUGCGGAUGUGUCCUGGGGCAUCGCCCGCCUGUACGACCUGCUGGCUGAGGAGAGGCUGUGCCCAGCCACCCUGAGGGAUGCAGCCUACCAGGCGGCACACCAGGCCCUCAGCUCCUGUGGGGACCCAAGGCUGGGGGAGCUUCAGGGGGAGGCCUGGGACCGCUGUGGGUGGGACGUCCUUGGGGACACGGGGGACUUCCAGCCUCUCUGCUCCAAUGAGGGUCCCCUGCCACCCUCAUCAGCACUGGCAUCGAGGUCCCGGAGCCUUCCGCGCCCCAUCGAGGACUGGAGCCGCGCAUGCUCCCUGCGCUCCACGGGCAGCCCGGCCUCCCUGGCCAGCGACCUGGAAAUCAGCCAGUCACCUACCAUGGCCGUCCUUAGCCAGCCCCGCGGUACCCCCGGGCCCAGCAAGCUCUGUGAGCAGCCCCCGGGGCCUGCGCCUGUGCCCACAGGUGGCCUGGAGCCCCAGGAGAUGAGUUGGCCCCCUUCAGCUGAGAUCACGGUGUCCCCAGACUCACUGAGGAUUCUCGCCUCCGAGAUCCGCGACCCACUCUCUCAGGGCCUUCCCCCUCUGGACGACUCCCCCUCUGCUCCCAAGGCCAGUGCCCAUUUCCCGGUGGAGUGCACGGAGGACUCCACAGCCCCCAAAUCUCUCUCCUCGCCCAACCUGGAACCCACAGAAAGUUUUUGCCCUGUCAAGAACCAGAAGGCAGCCCCAAUUUCUGCGGGAGAACCCACAUCACAAGAAGGCAGCUCGAGCCCGCCGGUGUCCUUGGCCCCGGAGUCCUCCCUGCCUCCCCCCACUCCUGCCCCUUCCCCAUCCUCCAGCCCCGCCGCGGUGCUGCCAGCCUCCUCCUGCGAGCCCUGCCCUUCGUCCUUCUCGUCGGAUGCCACGGAACAGUUCUAUAACUUCGUGGUCCUCCACGCCUUGGCGGAUGAAGAGGUGGCCCUGCGUGUCCGGGAGAGGCUGGAGGCCCUGGGCGUCCCCGAUGGCGCCACAUUCUGCGAGGACUUCCAGGUGCCCGGGCGCGGGGAGCUCCACUGCCUGCAGGAUGCCAUCGACCACUCCGGCUUCGUCAUCUUGCUCAUGACCCCCAACUUCGACAAUGCCCUGAGCCUGCACCAGGUCAACCAGGCCUUGAUGAGCAGCUUCACGCACAAUGGCCGCUACGACAGCGUCAUCCCCUUCCUGCCCCUCGAGAGCAGCCUGGGGGUCCGGCACUCGGACACCUCGCGCCUACUCUCGGGCCUCGUGUGGCUGGAUGAGCAUUCCAAGAUCUUCGCCAGGAAGGCGGGCAGCACCUUCAAGCCCCAGAGGCUGUGGGAGCGCCGGGCACACUGGCAGCGGGAGCAGGAUGCGAGGGCCCGGCUGCGGGGCAGCCAGCGCCUGGACGGCGAGCGACAGCAGGCUGAGGCCCUGCACGCCGCGCACACCACCUACCUACGCAGCUACCUGGCCUGGCAGGCGCAGAUGCACAAGCUCCAGGUGGACUUUGGGAGCCACCUGUCUCUUGGGACGCAGGUGCCUUGUCCGCCUCAGGGGCCCUUCAGUGUCCAGGGGUCCUGGGGAGCCCUGCCACCCUUCCCAGCCUGGUCUGGAACUCCUCAGCCACCAACACCGCAUCCAGGGCACUCUGCCACCCCCUCGCCACCGCCCUUCCCCCAGCCACCUGCCUUUCCCCAGCCCCCGGCCUUCCCCCAGCCCCCGGCCUUCCCCCAACCCCCGGCCUUCCCAGGGUCCCCCACCUUUCCACCUGCUUCCCCAGCUUCCCCUCAGGGCCCCCUCAUUAUCCACCAUGCCCAGAUGGUGCAGGUGGGAGUGAACAAUCACAUGUGGAACCAGAGAAGAGUCCCAGCCCCAGAGGACAAGGAGCAAGAGGCAGAGAGGCUGUGUGAUCAGGCCUGAGCCCCUGGGGACCACGCCACCAUCCCGGCACCGGCUUUGGGCAGGACAUUCCCAGUGUCAUUUGGGCAGAUGGGAUCAUUUGCCACUUUUAAGACCUGGCCCAGGAGGACCAUCAUUUCUCAGGAUAUAAAGCCCAGAGGAGCCAGGCCUGGAGGUGCACACCUGCCACCGCAGCCAUCUAGAAGGGUGAGGCAGGAGGGCUGAAAGUUUGAGCCUGGAGUGGGUA